AUGCGCCCCUCCCGCAUCUUCGCCUCUGCCCUCACCCUUAGCACCACCCUCGCCCAAGGCGACCUCGGCGCCCUCCUCUCCUCCCAACCCGACCUCAGCGAACUCCUCACCCUCAUCUCCCUCAUCGAUGGUCUCGCAACCACACUCUCCUCCGCCACAAACAUCACAAUCUUUGCUCCUACCAACGACGCCUUUGCCGCCGUCCCCCGCGAUAUCCCCGAAGGCCAAGCCAUUGAAUUCAAAAACGACACCGCGGCCAUUGGAGCGCUACUUGCGAAUCACGUGUUUAAAGGCGUGUAUCCGGCAGAGGUGAUACGGGAGAUUCCGACAUUUGUGCAGACGCUGCUGAACGGAUCGUAUGUCAAUGCUAUCCAGCCUUUUUCGGAUUUUACGGGGGGAGCGUAUAAUGGACUUGUUAGAAAUGAAGAGGACGUGUGUGUUUUGUCGGGGGAGCAGACGGUGUCUACCGUGACUGAAGCCGAUAUCAAACUUGGCGAGGGAAUUACUAUCCAUAAGAUUGAUACGGUACUUUCCUUCGGUGCCCCCUUCCAACUCUUCACCUACCGCGCCGGCUACACCGCCAUGAACAGCGCACUCCAAGCAGCCCAGCUCGCCAUCGACUUUGGACUCAACGGGCCCGAUCAAGUCGGACUCAACAUCUCCGACUUUACGAUUUUCGUCCCCACAAACGAGGCAUUUGAGAAUAUCGGAUCCGUCCUCGCCACCGCGGACAAAGAGACACUGCAGACUGUGCUAAAACACCACAUCAUACCCAAGAACGUCAUCUUCUCGCCUAGCCUGGGUAAUGUGACGGUGAAGAGUAUGGCAGACGAGGACUUGGUAUUUACGGUACUCCCGGAUGGCAGUGCAUGGGUGAACGGGGCCAAGAUUACGUUUGUGAAUACAAUCUUGUACAAUGGUGUGGCACAUGUAAUUGAUGGUGUCCUAAACCCCCUCGCCCCAUUCGACCGCACAUCACUGAACCCCUCUGCUCCAGCAGCCGAACGCACAGCGUUCCCCAGCGCAACGCCUGUGUCGCCGCUGCCAAUCCCAAGUGCAUCCCUGGCGUUUUUCGGAGAUGCAAUGACGUAUACGACUACGCCUGAGUUGCUGAAGACGCUGGCCCCACUGGCGGUUCCUACACCCACCGGCGCGGUUACGACGUCGAGUGCUGCGUCCAUGGCGACAAGUGCGAGUGUGAGCGGUGCGGCUACGAGCACGACUCCGCCUAUGGAGAUGUUUACGGGUGCUGCAGCGGCAGGAUUAGUUCCAGCGGCUGGUAUGGCUGCUUUUGGAGCAGCGGGUCUGGCUGCUGUGUUUUUCUAA